AUGAACAGAUAUUCGUUAGAGUUUAAGGAUAAAUUAAUGGAAUCUAAAUAUUAGAAGACAAAAAAACUAAAAUUUCAACAAGUUCAAAAAGUUCAACAGAUUAUUACUAUUCUGCUGCUUAUAAUUUUUUUAAUUGUAAGUGCUUUAAGGCAUGCGUGGAUCCCAUUAACAGUUGGCUGCUUCAUUACUAUAAUCCUUUUGAUAUCUAUAAGAAUGAAUUUGAAUAGAAAAUAAAAGUCUUACUACUUAAAUACAAUAUUAAUAAGUGUGACAUUUUUCAAUUAUUUUAAAGCAGUGCAAAAUGUUUAUACUGAUAAUGCUAUUAAUCCAAAUUACUUAGAUGGUUAUAUGUUCGCACUCAUAACAAUAUCAUGUAUAUAAUAUAUAAUAUAUGAUUAGUAAUACAUUAAGGAAGUUUUAUGUAAAAAAGUUUCAUUCUAGGAUCUAUUUACAUUACUUUACAAGUGUUCAAACCAAAUCAAGAAGAAUUAUGGAAAUAAAUUACUUAGUUUAUUUUUUUUCUUUUUCUUUGUUUGUUUUAACUUUAUGAAAUAGAAAAGAUUCAAAGAUAGGACUACCUUUGUUCAUUAAAGCAUUAAAAAGCUGAAUAAUAAAUGAUUAAUUUUUGUGGUAUAACAUCAUAUUUGAUAUCCUAUUAAAGGGAUUCAAAUCAAAUAUUAUUAACUUCUAAUAAUGAAGAAGAAAUAGUAAAAUUUGAAGAUCAAUAAUAAUUUAUAAUGUAAAUUAGAAAUAUGAGAGUUUUAAUAAAAGAUUAAGAAACAUAAACAAAUUAUCUAUCUCAAGAAGGAAUUAAUUAAGAUGCAAAAAUGACUCUAGAAAAAUUGUUAUAUUAUUUUUUGACUUGUCCAGAAAAACUUAAAGAAUAUAUGAAAUAACUAUCAUCUGAAUCUGUUAUUAAGUUAUAAGGUGUUCUUAAUUAAGAAAAUUACAAUAUUUAGAUACUUAAAUAUUUUGAUGAAUUACCUAGUGCAAUUAUAUUAAUUUCUCAAAAUAAGAAAGAUGUAUUUAUAGAAGAAUUAAAAUUGAGAUAUAAAUUAUUCUAAUAAGCAUUAGAAACUAUUGAUUAAAUAUUUUCAACUUAAAUCAAAAUGAGCCUUGUCUAUCUCUUAGCUUUGCAUAAAUAUCAAAAAAUAAAACCAUAUAAUAAGAAUAUCUCAUACUAUAAAAAAGUUUAAAGUAAGAUUGCUAAAGCUUAUAAUGAUUUCUAAAACAUCAAAGAUUUCUUUAAUUUAAACUCUUCUUUUCAAAGGACUAUUAUUCAAAACUUUAAUCUCAUUACAUUUUUAGAUGAUAUUUUACAUGAAAUUUAAUAUUAUUUUUAUUAAAGUAAAUAAUUCACCUUUUAAAUUAAAAGUAGAUUGAAAAAAGAGACAGUCUGUUAAGAUUAAAAAUAACUAAAACAAUUAAUUUUAAAUAUUCUUUAUUUUAUUACUGAACGAUGUUAAGAUAUAAUUAUUUAUUUAGAAGAAAGUGAUGGUCCUUAAUCAAAAUUAUCAUUUAUUCGUAUAAGAUUAGAAUACUAAGGUUUGUGUUUUUGCAAAGAUGCUCUAAAAGGAUUACCAUUUAUAAAUCCAGUAACAAUAUCAGAAUUAAGACAUAAUACAGAAAAAGCCUAUUAAUUAAAUUUACCUAUGGCUGUUGUUAUUGUUAGAAAACUUGGACCCACCAAUAAAAUUUAUAUUAAAUAAAAUAAAAAUGGCAACAGUUAUUUGGAAUUCUUAAUAUUUAGAGAAUUAUAUGAAGAUUUUCAUUUAAUGUCACUCUAAUCCCAACACCCCAUAAAUUAUUUAGUAAUGAAUACAAAGUCUUCCGUUCAUGGUAAACAUGCAGCAUAUUUGGAUCUUAUGGCACUCAGUCCCAGAAUAUAGUUAGAUAAAUUUGAGCAAUUGUGA